AUGGUUCCAUUGGUGGGUAAUUAUGUGGAGUUUGGUCAUGUAUUUGGACGAAAAUUAUGGAAUUCGCGAUCGUACGUCAACUCAAGAGCAUCUGCCUUGGAAUCUCCAAAAACUAUUCAAGAAUAUUACGAUAGUUUUCCUGAAUUUUUAAAUGAUUUCUUCUUUGUAGUAGAAAAUUUAAAUGAAACGCCACCUGUCAUUGAACCACAACCCAAACGAAGAAAAAUGACAAGUACCAGACAUCGAACUACCGAAGAUGAAACAGAAAUUCUUUGUGCAUUAAAAAUAUACAAAGAUUACCUUCCAGAUGAUGCCAUUGCUUCUGUUCGUGAGAAAUUGUCUGAAGUUUGGACUGUAAAAAAG